AUGGAACUUCUAAUAUCAAAUUAGUCCUUCCCAAAAUGGCCAUGCCGUCCACCUCGAAGAAAGUAGUCCUGAUUACUGGAUGCAGCGAUGGCGGAUUAGGCUCUGCGCUCGCACAGAAAUUUCUCAGAAAGGAUUACCACGUAUUCGCAACCGCGCGCAAUCCUUCCAAGAUGGGCACACUCUCAAACCAACCAAACGUAACCUUGCUAGAACUUGACGUUACUGUUACCUCACAAAUCACAACAGCCGUUGAAUCCAUCAAGAAAAUCUCAGGACGUCUCGAUAUCUUGGUAAACAACGCAGGUCGCAACCACUUCUCACCAGUCCUUGACAUCGAUGUCUCCGAAGCAAAGGAGAUAUUCGAAAUCAACCUUUGGGGCCCGCUGGCGUUGAUCAAGGCUUUCAUGCCCCUCUUACUGGAAAGCAAAGGGAUGGUUGUUAACACGACCUCGGUAUCUGGGUAUCUAAACGUACCCUAUAUGGGUAACUUCAAUCCAUCAAAAGACAAAAUAACAAACACUUAACAAGCACAGGUCUAUACGCCGCAACCAAACGCUCACUCGAGCUCCUCGCCGAGACAAUACGCCUAGAAAUCGAGCCAUUUGGUGUAAAAACUCUUCAAGUCGUAACGGGUGCAGUCGAGUCCAACGGCCAAACAUAUUUCGGGGAUUGGAAACUCCCGGAUGAUUCGAUGUAUAAACCGAUUGAGGAGUUGAUUAAGCAUCGUGUGCGAGGGGGUGAUGGUCAUCCGAGGGAAGCGGCGGAGAAGUAUGCGCAGGAGGUUGUGGGGGAUAUUCUUGAGGGGAAGACGGGGAAGGUUUGGAGGGGCGGGAAUUCUGCGUCUACGAAGCGUGCGGUUACGACGGAUGUUCCGCAGGCUCUUUUGGUAGGCUUGAAUGGGUGCGCGAUAUAUGAGGUUUGUAUGCAGGCUAAUUUUGUGUGACUAGGACCGAGGGGCUGCCCGUGACACUGGACUUGACCAAGUCGGCGCGAAUAUUGAGGGUUGA